ACUUCAAAAUGGAGCUCUUUGCGUAGAAGUAAGCUGUGAUGUCCUUGGUUAUGUAGCCGUCCACUGUUGUUUUUAGUGGAACAGACACUCAUUUUACGACUCAAUACACUCCUGUGUCACUAUCAUGGGGCUUCUGAGCUUUGCCAGGGGAGCGCUGGCGUCCCCCUCCGGCCUCGGUGUUUGCGCCAGAAAACCCGGCGGGUUGUGCUCAACGCUUCUCUCGGGUGUCUCAGCUCCAGCUGAGAUCCGUGUCAGGAGGUACAGCCAGGACACAGGCAACCCUAAAAAUGUCCCGGGACAAUUUGUGUGCUAUUACCUUUCGCAUAGGAGCCUGUUUAAAAUUCAGGGGCAAGACACAAGCCCGUUUCUUCAGGGUAUUAUAACCAAUGACAUGGCGCUGCUGGAUGAGCCUGGACACAGAGCUAUGUACGCACACAUGCUCAGUGUACAGGGAAGAACACUAUAUGACAUCCUGUUGUACAGAUUAAAAGAAGCAGAAGGAGGUGUUUUCCUGGAGUGUGAUAGCACAGUUAAGGACUCCAUCUUGAAACACUUGAAAGUAUACAAGAUCCGCAGAAAGGUCAACAUCAGCCCUUGUUCAGAGCUCUCUGUGUGGGCUGUGCUGUCUCAGCAAGACAAGCUAGGUCAAGAGUUCAGUCAGCCUGGGCUUUCUUCCCCUGACAAAGCUCUGGUAUGGGAGGCUGAUCCAAGAACUCAGCAAAUGGGCUGGAGAUUGGUGCUGCAGAGUGAUGUUGACCCUUUGAAAAUCAUUGCAUCAUGUAAGAAAGGAGACACUGAGGAGUAUCACAGACAUCGCUAUUCCAUAGGACUGCCUGAGGGAGUGAAAGACCUUCCUCCUGGGGUUGCAUUUCCACUAGAGUCAAAUCUCGUCUACAUGCAGGGUAUCAGCUUUAGCAAGGGCUGUUACAUUGGGCAGGAACUCACAGCCAGGACCCAUCACACCGGGGUGAUUCGGAAACGCCUGAUGCCAGUACGCUUGUCAUCUCCAGUGGAACACCUCGAGGAUGGAGCCACACUGCUAACCCAGUCAGGCAAGCCAGCUGGGAAACACAGAGCAGGGACAGGAGAGCUGGGUCUAAGUCUGAUCCGCAUGGCACAUGCCAAAGAGGUGUUGACACUCAGAUCUUCUGAUGACACCACAGUGACACUUGAAGCCUCUGUGCCAGGCUGGUGGCCUGAAGAUGUGAAAUGUAACUGAACGGAAUGAUGUUUUAAAGCUCCCUAAAAUGUGACGUGCAUCACAUCUGACAGACUACUCACAGACAGAACCCCGAAGUACAGUAUGUUACACUGUCAUUGCUUCAUAGCUGUGUGGCACUGUUCUGUGUUUGGGUGCCAUUUUUGUUUGCAAUAAAUCCUGCUUUAGAGUGGUUUCCUUAAAAGUAUUAUUUAUCACUGAACUACCCCAUUUCAUAGAUGUAUCACAGCUCUAUUCAUAAAGGACACAAAAACCAUGAUAUGAUUUUGGUUAUUCAAUAAAGAGCCAAAAAAAAAAGAAACUCAUUAGAAUGUUUUAUAUGUAUUUAAUCUGUCAGUGCAAAAACAAAUGCCAGACAAUCACAAGCAACAUUUGAGAUCGCAGCUCAUCUCAAUCCAAAGAUGUAGUGACAGAUUUAUCCUCUUUUUUUUUUUUAUUUGCACUGUUGCAAAUUGGCACUUUUCAUUCAAGCUAUUUCCAGGCUAUGACAAUGGUGAUACACUGAAUACAUUAUUCCUGAUAAAGGAGAUGCUGCCCUCUUGUGGACUGUAUGGUGUCUCGAAUUUGCUGUAACAUGGUUUCCGGCUGCAGAGUCAAUGCCGAAUGAUCGAGUCGCUUAAAGUCUUCGUUGCACAGGAGGCAUUCAAUUAUAUGAGCUACUCUUUGUAGGUCAAAGGCAGCAUGGUAAGGUCCCAGCGUGGUGAGGAUCUCUGAGAGAUGGCGCGAGUAAUCGGAGGAAUCCCCAGAGGAGCAAGCAUUAAGGAAUGCCAUUCUGUUGUCAGCAAUGAUUUUCAAAAACGAGGCAAACUCCCCAUAAUCAAUACCAGAGCAAGCCUUCAUAAUGACCUACAAGGAAACACACCCAUCAAUCAUUAUAUUCUGUAUAUUCAGAGCAGAAGGUCACAUGACUGAAAAGUCUUUUGCACGGUACCUGGCAGUGCUGAUGCCAUGAGUCCAUCGUGUUUCUCCACUCAUCUAUCUCUUUCUGGACAGAUGACAACUCAGUCUGAAGGAACUGCCACAUUAUGUCAAUGUUGCAGCCAUUGAGCCAGUUAUGAUUUAUAGAGAUGGUGUCCUCCUGUAGAAGAACAGUAUUUUAGUGUGUUACACGUGAUAAAUAAAGCACAGUUUUAUACAACUUAGAAUAACUAUAAUGCUAUUUCCUGCAAAAAGCCAUAUUUCUAACAAAAAAUAUACACAAGGGUUAAACUUGUAAAAACUAUGUUCACUGGAGAUAUUCCAGAACUGCUGUACUGGAGAAUGAGUAGAAAGGCAAAGUGUGUGUCUAUAAAUAUGUGUAUAAUUCUAAGCAAAGAAAUAAAAUGUAAACCUUCUCUUAU